AUGUGGACUUACAAUCCAAGAGAGGACAUUGAGUUUGAAAAAGAGAUGCUAUUUACCAAUGUGAAUGCAUUUAGAGCAGUGUUAAAAGACUAUACUAUUCAGAAAGGAUUUCCAUUGGUAAGGUUGAAAAAUGAAAAUAGCAGGUGCACUGCCAAGUGUGGUGCUGAGGGUUGUAACUGGAGGAUUCAUACAUCCCCAAUUGCUAAUACAACCAUAUUCAUGGUAAAGACAUAUACACCUGAGCAUACGUGUGUCAUGGAUAGGAAAAACUCAGAAGCAACAUCAGAUUGGAUUGCAAAAAAAUUAAUUUCUGUUAUGAGAGAUCAUCCAGAGAUGACAAGCAAGGGAGUAAAGGCUGAAAUGCAGAAGCAUGAAGUCUUGCCAAGUAGAAUGCAAAUUUACAGGGCAAAAAAGAAAGCCUUGGAAGCACUAGAAGGCUCACACAGUGAGGCCUAUGAAAAGUUACAAAAAUAUGCUGAACUUUUGAGGAUUAAUAACCCAGGAAGCAUCAUGAAAAUUCACUAUGAUAGGCCAAAUCUUCUGGUGGAGCCUAAAUUUCUGAGAUUGUUCAUAAGUUUCAAGGCACAAAGAGAUGGUUUCCUGGCAGGUUGCAGGCCAUUUAUUAGAUUUGAUGGCUGCCAUUUGAAAUGUGCAUUUGGGGGCAUUCCGUUGACUGCUGUUGCUCUUGAUGGGAACAACAGUUUGUUUCCAUUAGCUUUUGCUGUUGUUGAGUGUGAAAACAAGGAAGCUUGGAGUUGA